CUUCAGCGUGAAUCAAGCUAAGUGAACAAAAACACGUAUUGAUUUUUGUAUGUGCUGUUUUAGGAGAACAACAUAGGCACAAAUAAAUAGGUUUACAUAGCUGUGGAGAGAUGUACGUAUUUAUUAAGUGUCGUUACCCGGAACUUGUGAGCUACAACUCAAACUGACGCCUCAUUUGUACCUGGAGUUAGCUGAGUAAGCUAACUCACAGCCUGCUACUUCUACCAAAACAACACAUUUUUUGAACGUUUUGAAAAGCGGCACCAUGGCCAAUCUAGAGCAGUGGGUUAGUGACCGUCUCCAUGACAUCCUCGGGUUGAGUGACAGAUACGUGUCUCAGUUCAUGAUUGGUACUGCACGGAAAGCAUUGAAUGCACAAGACUUCGUGUCUCGCCUUGAGCAGACGGGCACAAUUGACAUCGACCAGAGUGUGAUUGCCUUCGCACAAGAGCUCUUUGACAAGAUUCCUCGCAAGCAGGUUGUUGAGAAAGCAUCCCGUGCGAUGGAACGAGAAGCCAUUGAAAUGGAUAAGAAAAAUCGGACGUACACGUUACUGGAGGACAGCGACAGUGAUGAAGACACUGUGCAGGAGAAACAGAAAGGGAAAAAGAAAAGCAAGGACAAGGACAGAGGAAACAAGAGGAAGCACAUCAGACGGAAGAAAGAGAGCGAGUCCUCUAGUGAGGAUGAAGCACCUAAACGGAGUAAUUCAGCCCAGUUAGUAAAGAAAGACGAGGAGGAAGAGGAAGAAUGGGAGAAGGAAGAGCGAGAGCGACUGCAGGACAUUGAAGAGAGAGACGCGUUUGCCGAGCGAGUGAGGCAGAAAGACAAGGACAAGACCCGCAACAUAACGGAGAGGACUGACAAAAAGGCUUAUGAGGAAGCUCAGAAGAGGCUGAAGAUGGCUGAAGAGGAUCAGAACAACAUGUUGCCAGAGUUGAGGAAGCGCUCUCGCUGGGAGUAUCUAAAGAAGAGAGAGGCAGAGAAGCUGGAGGACCUGGAGGCAGAGAUCAUAGACGACGAGUAUCUUUUCUCUACUGACGAGCUGACUGAGAGGGAGAGAAAGGAGUUGGAAUACAAACGCACCCUUCGGGACCUGGCUAAAGAUUACAAAAAGGCCGGUGCCAAGGAACAAGAGGAGAGGAAGAACAGAUACUAUAUGCCAGAAGAGAAGAGAAGCAAGGAGGUGCCCCAGAGGGACCUGGAGCUGGAGGAAACUCCCAUGGAGCUGGGAGGAGAGCAAGGCCGCUGGGAGGAGGAGAGGUUGAAAACAGCCUCCCUCAGCUUCGGGGCCAAGAAGGAGCGAGAGCAAGGGAUGAGGAAGGAACAGGAGAAGUACCAGCUGAUCCUGGAGGAGGAGGAGAUGAUCGACUUUGUCAGCACUGCCAUUACCAUGAAGGGAACUCGGACAGAAAAGGAUCAGGAGGCCCCGGCUCUGUCGCAGGCGGAGCUGAAGAAACAGUCCAUGCAGGAGGUCCGACGCAGCCUUCCCAUCUUCCCCUACAGAGAGGACCUGCUAGCUGCCAUCCAGGAGCACCAGAUCCUGGUCAUUGAAGGGGAGACGGGCUCCGGAAAAACCACCCAGAUCCCACAGUACCUCCUGGAAGAUGGAUACACUAAAGGAGGCAUGAAGAUCGGUUGCACACAGCCUCGCAGAGUGGCAGCCAUGUCAGUUGCAGCCAGAGUGGCACAGGAAAUGAGCGUCAAGCUUGGGAACGAGGUGGGUUACAGCAUUCGUUUUGAGGACUGCACAUCAGAGAGAACGGUGCUCAAGUACAUGACAGACGGCAUGCUGCUCCGAGAGUUUCUCACCGAGCCCGACCUGGCCAGCUACAGUGUGAUCAUCAUAGAUGAGGCCCAUGAGCGAACGCUCCACACAGACAUCCUGUUUGGUCUGAUUAAGGACAUUGCCAGGUUCAGACCAGACCUGAAGGUGCUGGUGGCCAGCGCUACUCUGGACACCGAGCGCUUCUCCUGCUUUUUUGACGACGCUCCUGUCUUCAGGAUCCCUGGCAGGAGGUUCCCAGUCGACAUCUUCUACACUAAAGCUCCAGAGGCAGACUACCUGGAAGCGUGUGUUGUGUCAGUGCUACAGAUCCAUGUCACCCAGUCUCCUGGAGAUGUUCUGGUCUUCCUCACUGGACAGGAGGAGAUCGAAGCGUGUUGCGAGCUGCUCCAGGAGAGAUGCAGGCGGCUGGGAUCUAAGAUCGCAGAGCUGCUGGUCCUUCCCAUCUAUGCCAACCUGCCAUCCGACAUGCAGGCGAAGAUCUUCAACCCCACUCCGCCUGGGGCCCGUAAGGUGGUGGUUGCUACCAAUAUAGCAGAAACCUCACUCACCAUAGAUGGAAUCAUCUACGUCAUCGAUCCAGGCUUUUGCAAGCAGAAGAGUUACAACGCCCGCACUGGCAUGGAGUCACUCAUUGUCACGCCCUGCUCACGGGCUUCGGCCAACCAGAGAGCAGGCCGUGCAGGCAGAGUGGCUGCUGGGAAAUGUUUUAGGCUUUACACAGCCUGGGCCUUUAAACAUGAGAUGGAAGAAACCACCGUGCCUGAGAUUCAGAGGACCAAUUUGGGAAAUGUAGUCCUGCUGCUGAAGAGUCUAGGCAUCAAUGACCUCAUUCACUUUGACUUCAUGGACCCACCCCCUCAUGAGACUCUGGUCUUAGCGCUGGAGCAGCUCUACGCCCUGGGAGCACUCAACCACCUGGGAGAGCUCACAAAGCUGGGUCGCAGGAUGGCUGAGUUACCCGUGGACCCCAUGCUGAGCAAGAUGAUCCUGGCGUCCGAGCAGUACAAGUGUUCAGAGGAAGUGUUGACAAUAGCAGCCAUGCUGUCGGUGAACAACUCUAUUUUCUACCGGCCCAAAGACAAAGUGGUGCACGCCGACAACGCCAGGAUGAACUUUGUGGUGCCAGGGGGAGACCACCUGGUGCUGCUCAACGUCUACACACAGUGGCUGGAGAGCGGCUUCUCCACACAGUGGUGCUACGAGAACUUCAUCCAGUUUCGCUCCAUGAGAAGAGCCCGGGAUGUCAGGGACCAGCUGGAGGGUCUGAUGGAUCGCAUAGAGGUGGAGGUGGUCAGCUCCCAGGGAGACAAUGUGCCCAUUCGCAAGGCGGUGACUGCAGGAUAUUUCUAUCACACGGCACGACUGAGCAAAGGCGGCUACAAGACGGUGAAGCACCAGCAGACGGUCUACGUCCACCCCAACAGCUCUCUGUUCGAGGAGCAGCCCCGCUGGCUCAUCUACCACGAGCUGGUCUUCACCACUAAGGAGUUCAUGAGACAGGUGAUUGAGAUAGACAGCGGCUGGCUGCUUGAAGUGGCUCCUCACUACUACAAAAGCAAAGAGCUGGAGGACAGCAGCAGCAAGAAGAUGCCCCGCAAGCAGGGUAAAACUAAAGAAGAGCUGGGCUGAAGAGAAGACCAAGGGCUCAGGGGACAGAUCCAUACAAAGCACUGGGGUCACACUCCCUUCCUCUCUCAGGGCAGGGUGAACGUAGGGGAAAUGACUUUGAAUGCUUGCAAUUUGCAUAAAAAUAAAGAGGAAAAGUGUGGAAAUGUAGUUGUGUGUGGCACCAGUUCAGUACAUAAACAGCUACAUGUUUGCUGCCUGUUUUCACAUGUGACAAUAUUUUGCUGUAGCGUGAUAUGGCAUUUUUUUGACAGUGCUCACUCAGUUUCAACAUUGUAAAUUUGGACCAAUUUUGGCUGCAGAGAGUCGCCUGAAUGCAGACACAUGGAGCAGAGUGAUGGGUCCAGAGAGAAGUGGGUCACAGACCUACUGAUUUGUUUAAUCAUAAACCAGCUGCGUCAGCGGGGCCACUACAAAGAAACUAGUGCAGUUGGAUCUGAGUUUCCCGCAACAGCAGUACGGACUCACUCUGGGUUUUUCAGCUCAUUAAUGAACGUAAGACUGUUGGUUUGUUUUUUCAGCUGCUUGUGAACGCCCCCCAGCAAGUAGCUUUUGUUGACUUGCUGUAAAUGAACAGGCUUUGUCAAAUUUUGCAUUUGUGAAAGCAGCACACUGUCAAACUGUCUCCACCAAUAAGUUUCACUCACGUGAGGCGCCUUGUUUAUUUUCAUUUUUCUAGAGCAAUAAACUUUUACAAUCA